CACUCACUCACUCUCCUGGAACUUAUUGCUCAGCCGUCCACUUUCUUUUUUAUCCUCUGCAGUCUCUUGCUCUCUGUCUGUCCUUUCGUCCUUCCAGGCUCUGUUCCGUCUCGACAUCCCAUCCUCCAGCAUGACCUCAAUCCUUCAGUGAGCCGAACUGGACCCGAGCACCGCCCAUUGAACAUAGCGCAGUCGCACCCGGCUACCCUGGCGCUGUGACCCACGAAUCGCCAGCCCGAGUCUGGAUCCAUAGCAGGAAUUAAACCAGCUUGACUUCAAUUCUUUCCUAGCCUGCGCAUUGACGUCCCGGGGCAACACCACACAUAUUUGGCAAAAUCCUCUCCCUUCUCCUCCUUAAAAAACCCCCUCGGAGGCCUAUCCCUCAUGCUGGUCUCUCACAAUCUCUGCAACAACAUGACCUCUGACCAGCAUCCGCAUGCUGCAGCUGAAGUAGCAGAAAAGGUGCUGCGGAGAGUGGAAAUUGCAAAGGUUGCUCGAAACCUCCAAGACUGUCUGGCCUUUGCAAGCUUCAAGGCUCAAAAUGGCUGGCAGGAUCGAACACUUGCCUCGAUCGAACCCGAGUUCACCGAGAAGCUAAAGAGGAAGAGACCGUUUCUGGAGGAAGACCUCCCCUGUGAUACCUCAUCUGGAUCCGACGACGAAUUCGUCCCUACCUCUUCCAUUGCCAAUAACCGGUUUUCGAAACCCUCCAACUCAGCCUUCAAAAUCCCCGAGCCCCCAUUCGCUGCGAGGAAAAGAGUCCGGUCGUCCUCUGCAACCGGUGUCGACAGACAGUCAAGCACGUUGACAUGGAAGCAAGAUCACCGGCUGCCUCAGUCUUCCCCUCUUUUGAAUCGGGCACAGUCCUUUCAGGAGCACCCACUAUUUCAUACGGAAUCUGCUAGGACGCCUCAACUUGCCAAUGACGACUCUCCCAUGUUUGAUGUCCAUUCUGAUGACGAUGAUCAUGACCUCCCGAUGCCUGCUUUCGGCAACGAACCGUCAAGCAGCAUUUUGUCCUCGUCGCCUCCUCGAACACCCCCUCCCAUGAAACGUUUCUUGAACGGCAACUCCAAGCAAUCCGGCGCCGAUCUACUUCUUUAUCUGGCCAAUUCACCUUCUCGUUCACCGGCUAUCAACAUCCACAGACCCUCGGAUUCCUCUAAGGAGCCACCUUCAACCCCGCCUUCACAACAUUCGCACCUUCCGUCUUCGGUGAUGACCACACCGGGCACUCAUCUUGGGUUGUUCAAUGGCGCUCUACAAACCCCUGGCCAGACGUUCAACCUGGCCGACUUCUGCAAUGUCACUCCUUCACCUGCACCGGCUCAAUGGGGGAGCCGAACUCCAAACGUUAGCAAGACUCCCAACCGGUUUUCACGAAGAAGCUUGAACUUCGAUACGUUGCAGCCUCCGUCAGGCAGUCCAACUCUGCCACGAAAGGCUUCGGCCAGCAAGGGCCUGGCUCUGCAACUUGGUGACGAGCUGAUUCCAAGGUCGUGAAUGACAAUCUGCCAACCUCUCAUUCUUUGCCGUGAGCGAAUCCACAUCACCCCUUAUGAUAAAACACCCAAAAGGCACAUGCGUUGCUGUGCCAUGACCUACUCGAAUUGAAACGAAUAGCAUACAAUGUUUCUUCUGCCCAGCAAUGACGCAUAAUGACCCAAGAAGAGGAGGGCCAUUGAUUUGAGCUUGAAAACACGGAGCGCAGCUGGCUAUCCGGGAAACGCAAAGGCGUUAUUUGCCAUAGCAAAAGGAACUGGGCGGGAGCGACUCUUUGUGCAGCAAAUUUGUGCAAUUGUGCGUGUCUCUUUGUUUUCGAGUACUAUGCGUUGAUAUGGUCAAGUCGAUCAAUCAUGUCUACGGCCGAACCUCAUCCCCUGACACUGAUAUCAUAGUAAUUCCAUUAUCACCAUCGUCACACCACAGCGACAGCUGAAGUAGGUAGCUGAAAGUAGGUAGCUCUGAAUAAGGACAACAUUACCAUGAGA